AAUUUAUAAUGGUCUAUCAAGAUCACUUGACUAAAUUUGUUAUUUUACGACCACUUAAAUUUAAACGGGCUGAAGAAGUUGCGUAUAACUUACUCGAUAUUUUCACUCUUUUCGGUGCACCAAAUAUACUCCACUCAGAUAAUGGGAGAGAAUUCGUAAAUGCUGUUAUUACAAAUUUGUGUAGUUUGUGGUCUGAAGUGAAAAUAGUUCACGGAAAAGCUCGCCACAGUCAGUCUCAAGGUUCUGUGGAGCGUGCCAAUCAGGAUAUAGAAAGUAUGAUUGCGACGUGGAUGGAGACAAAUAAAACAACGAAAUGGUCAGAGUCCUUAAGAUUCGUACAAGCUAUGAAGAACGGAGCUUUUCAUUCUGGAAUCAAACGCUCCCCAUAUGAAGCAAUGUUUGGGAAUAAAAUGAAAAUGGGAUUAGCAAAUUCAAUUAUUCCAAAAAAAUGUACUACCAGGACUGCAAACAGAAGAGGAUUUAGAGGCAGCACUUACCGAACCAAAGGCAAAUAUAGUUGA